GUCUGACGCACAGACUUGUUUUCAUCUGAAGGGUCUGGCUGUUCCCGUUUCCUUUGAUUGAUGAGUUGAAGGAGAGGGUUUGAUGUAGGCUACCUUUAUUCACCCCUUAUUCACAUCUGAAAGCAAUACAUGAGCCAACCGGAGUCGUGUCCUAUCCUCUUUUCCUCGCAUCCUUUCCCUUCUCACCGAGGAAAAAAAGAGUCCUGACGUGCUGGAUGAAGUUUCUGAAUCGUGAAAUAAAAUUGCGUCACCAUUUUACCUGAUGCAGAGAAGUUCCUCCUGGCCUUUUUUUUAAGACACGUUUAUGAUUAUGAUUAUUUAGUUAUUUGAUUCUAAUCAUCCCGAGCUGGUCAUUGUGUCUCCCUCCAUUAUUCGUUUCUAUUUUAAUUUUUUUUGGAGAAGUGACCGGCGUAUUUCCAUACGGACUUGGUGAGCAUCACACACCUCUCUUCCAAGGAGCGAGCCCCACCCGGGCAGCGUCUGGGUCUUGCGUCCUUCACCAGAGAUAAUUACGUUAAAAUCGCUCGGUUUGUUUUUGAGAGUAUGUCUGACACACUCCUUUAGCGCGUGGCUUAAAACUCGCAUGUUCACAUUUUCUAUAGGCUUGAUUUUUGUCGGUCACCAGGAGAAGACGGGGAGGUAGCCUAAAUAUAUUUGGGCGAGGAGAAAAACGAAUCCUUUCGACAAUUAGGUUCGUGUUUUUGGGCUAUGUGACAUCAAACGUCACUGAUAUUUAAUGAUAAAACAUGACCAAGUACGGAUAUCGGAAAUGUUGUCAGUUUGGAAAACCUUAUUUUCAAGGGUUCACGCAGUCAAAUUCGAAAUCAUUUGACAACAACGGUGACAGGUUGUUAGUUGUUGAAUGGCCAUGAUAAAAUGACAACGCAAUGUUCUGUAUCCUCACCGAAAUGUGGUAUUUGGACUUGAUUGCGUAGUGCCGAAAUGUUUUUCUGACAGAUAAAGAAGAUACAUUUUAUAGACAUAACUAUGGGGCUGUAGCCGCAGACCGAACAGAAACGCUUGUUGUGUCGUCUGCGCUCCGUGCCCAAAGGGAAACGGGAACGGACUCCGUGUUUCCUUUCCCUUUCCCCCCGGGGUGUUUCGGUUGAGACAUGGCAGCUAUUGCCAGCGGUUUGAUCCGACAGAAGAGACAGGCACGGGAACAACAAGUCCACCGGCCGACGCCACACCGACGGAGGCGAAGCCCCAACAAGAAUAAAGGACUUUGUAACGGGAAUUUGGUCGACAUCUUUUCCAAAGUGAGAAUCUUCGGCUUGAAGAAGAGACGGCUACGGAGACAAGAUCCGCAGCUCAAGGGCAUAGUGACCAGGUUGUACUGCAGACAGGGAUACUACUUGCAGAUGAACCCAGAUGGAUGUCUGGACGGGACCAAAGAUGACGGCACUAACUCCUCUCUGUUCAACCUCAUCCCAGUGGGCCUUCGAGUGGUGGCCAUCCAGUCAGUCAAGAUGGGUCUGUACAUCGCCAUGAACGGGGAGGGACACCUCUACUCAUCAGAGCUGUUUACAGCAGAGUGUAAGUUUAAGGAGUCGGUGUUUGAGAACUACUAUGUGAUCUACUCGUCGAUGCUGUACAGACAGAAUGAGUCUGGGAGGGCCUGGUUCUUGGGCCUGAACAAGGAGGGACAGCCCAUGAAGGGCAACCGCGUGAAAAAGACAAAACCCGCCGCUCACUUCCUGCCCAAACCUAUAGAAGUUGCGAUGUACAAGGAGCCGUCGUUGCACGACGUCAGAGAGACGUUGCCUAAAGUCGCCGGAGUCCCGUCCAGCAAAAGCACAACCAGCGAACCAGUGGCCAUGAACGGGGGCAAGCCAGUCAACAAACCCGACCCGAAGGAGACUGCGACAUAACCCCGUCCCCUCCUCUCCUCACGCACGACUGAGACAUGAGACUCUGCCCACUGCACACAAACUCUCACCUUGAUUGGUCAAUUAUGGGCUAAGUCCCACCUCCUCUCUCUUUCUCUCGCUCUUUCUCUCUCUCUCUUUCUCUUUUUGGCCGAUUCGGUGCAGUGGUGUUCGAGAUGAGGAUAUGGACCACUCCAUUUUGGGGAUGGCGGAGGGGAGGAGAACGGGAGAAGAGGAGGGGAGAAGGAAUUGGAAGGUGGUGAGGAGGA